GCCUAGCAAUGACCGCGGCGACAGCAGGAAUGAAAUGGGAGCGGCUUCGUGUUUUUGGUUUUAAUUGUCUUCUUCCCGUCGUUUGUUACUUUUUGUCCGCUGUAGUGCCUUGAGUUUCACCCGUAACAAGGAAAUUGUUUUGGACUGAUAUCUGUAGUUAGAGUGAGGUUUGAGUGGGAGGAGGCAGGGCAGACCGACAUCAUCCGUCAUGGUGUGGAUUCCUCGCUAUUAACCAGCUAACAGGCUCCACAUCAAAACAUUCAUUCAUUCAUCUCUGAAUGAGCACGUUUACAUACUUUUUUUAAGAGCCAUGUAUCCCCAAAACGUACCGCCUACGAUGUUACGGCGUGACACUGCCUAAUAUAAUUACCUACCAGGCCUGAUUUUUUUUUUCUUCAAAUCUGGAAAUUUCUUGACUUCAGCAGCACUUUUCCCCUGGACGAGGUCGCUUACCUGACCGUCGCAUCCCUCCUGUGCUGGCCACAGCGAUGCGGACGCGUUUACAGUCUUGAUUAUUGAGGGACGCCGAACAACAUCGUCGUUAUUUCUUCAGAGCAUUAAAAAACAACUUUAAGUUAGCCACCGACACAUUUUUUAUGGACCUGGCAGUUAGCUAGUACCUGCUUGCUCGGAGCAAAGAAAAAUGCUAAAUUCGAGGCGGCUUUUGCGGUUGUCCAACCGCUCGUUUUUGGCCUUCAUUUUUUUCUUCUCCAUGUCUACGACGUGUCUAUACUUCAUCUAUGUCGCCCCCGGAAUAGCCAACACAUACUUCUUCAUGGUGCAGGCUCAGGGUAUAAUGUUGCGGGACAACGUGCGGACAAUUGGGCAGAUGAUCAGGUCGUACACCAACAAGAACGCCACGCUUAAUGGCACAGAUUAUCCAGAUGGAAACAACUCAAGUGAGUACUUCCCUCAGCCGACAACAUACCUCCCUGAGAAUUUCACCUACGCCCAGAACCUGCCCUGCCCGGAACGCUUACCUUCUAUGAAGGGUCCAAUGGAAGUGAACAUGACUGAGGUUCCUAUGGAGGAAGCAGAACUACACCUUACACAGCUGGGCAUUCAGUCAGGGGGCCGCUGGAAACCCAAAGACUGCAAACCGCGGUGGAAGGUGGCUAUUCUCAUUCCAUUUAGGAAUCGUCAUGAGCAUCUCCCCAUCCUGUUUCAGCACCUCGCCCCCAUGCUUCAGCGCCAGCGCCUGCAGUUUGCUUUUUAUGUAAUUGAGCAGACGGGCACACAGCCCUUUAACCGUGCCAUGCUGUUUAACGUGGGCUUUAAAGAGGCGAUGAAAGACCUGGACUGGGACUGCAUGGUGUUCCACGACGUUGAUCACAUCCCUGAAAAUGACCGGAAUUACUAUGGCUGUGGCCAAAUGCCCCGACACUUCGCCACAAAGCUCGACAAGUACAUGUACAUCUUACCCUACAGUGAGUUCUUCGGAGGAGUGAGUGGUCUUACGGUGGAGCAGUUCCACAAGAUCAACGGCUUCCCCAAUGCAUUCUGGGGUUGGGGAGGGGAGGACGAUGACCUGUGGAACAGGGUGCACUUUGCCAGCUUUAAUGUGACCAGGCCUGAGGGGGAGAUCGGCAAAUACAAAUCAAUUCCACAUCACCACAGAGGAGAAGUGCAGUUCCUGGGGAGGUAUAAGCUGUUAAGAUAUUCUAAAGAGAGACAGCAUCUGGAUGGCCUGAAUAACCUCCAGUAUUUUCCAGAGGUCUCUCUAAGUAGUCUGUAUAAGAACAUCACUGUUAACCUGAGCCCUGAACUUGCCCCCAUAGCAGAGUACUGACGUCCCUUCCGCUCACUAACAUCACCUGACCCUCGGCACCUGGAAAUGACCCAACACCCAUGGAGUGGGGGUGUGGCAAAAUGAUGUACUGCUGCCAAGUAACCUUAAAACCAAGAACCAAGAGGUUAAAGGCCUGAACAGUUGAGUGUGUGACUGACUGUGUGUGUGUGGUCUUAACCCGUGUGUGUGGGUAUGGGUGUGGCUGCGCGUGUCCCACUGCAUGUUUCUAUGUCCAUGCUGGCUUUAGCUACUCCCAUCAUGCUACAAAAUGAAAAGGGGAAGGCAGGAAGUGCCAGCAUCAACAAAUCAGAUGUUUACUGCGAAGCCUUAACUGAUUUUCGUAGGCUGUCAUCACUGUCACCGUGUUCAUUCAUGCUGACAACGUAGAAAGCUCAGUUUUACAAUCCAACAGCGACCUAGACGCCAAUAAACGUUUUGUGGCACGUUUUGUAUAUAUUGUAGUAUUUUAAAGCAUAGUAUUUUUUUUUUUUUUUUUCUCUACAGAAAAACUGUGGAAGUUUUGAUUUCGUGUACUGUAAAUUUUCUAUUUUUGUUUUUCAUAUUUAUUUCUGUCUUAUAUUGAGGUAUAUUGUGGAGCACUCCAGUGGGGUGUGUCAUGUGAGUGUCAUUCUUUCCACAUUCCUCUGGCUGUGCAGAAGACUGCCGUUAUCUCCUGCAUGAUGGGGACUGGUCUAAAAUGCCCAGGCCUCGUGAAGGAGAUGCUCGCAUGGUCUCGGAAUGACGCCCAUCAUCUUAGUGCACACACUCUUACUUUGGCAGCUAAGUCUCUGUCUGUCUUGUUGUUUUUCCACUUUUGUCCUUUUGUGUCUUUCAUUCUUUAUUUUCUUUAAGAGAAUUGGAUACCUUGCAACUUGAGGAUGUAUGUAAAACAAAAGGAGUAGGCAUGUGGUGGUCUACUAAAUAUGAAAAACAAAGAAACCGUUAGCAGCUGCAUGCCUUAUGUGAUUAUUAUUUUUUUUUGUUGUUGCACAUUUUUGUUCCUUUUUUUUUUUUUAAAGUUUUGUAUAACUUUAUUUUUUUUUCCUUAAAUUUAUAGGAGUUUCUUGUCUCAUUUGAAGUGCACUGUUUAGGGAGGGUAGGGGGAGUGAAGGAUGAGGGGUUCUGGCAGGUCAUUCACACUAAAACCUGCUCAUCAGGUGGGUUCACAGCUGCUAAAAGCCAAAAUGCCCUUCAGUGGGUUCUGGCAUG